GCAAUACCAACAGUUCCACUCCACCCGCAGUGACCAUAAUAAACCCUGGGCGCAAGAAAUAAAAAUGAACUGGUGUCAAUCUGGAACCGGUCCUCUUAAACGUGCCAGUAACCAAUAAAAAGUGACGCAAAAAAUAUUUCGAAUGGUUUGACAGUCGAGUUACCGGGGGGUUAGUGUAAUUAGCCAUUGGCUCUCAAGCCUCCGUCCACGUUGAAUGUUUCCUGAUAGUAUAGGUUAGGUGAUUCAAUUGAAUCGAAACCAUCUGAGCUGAUAAACUACGACAAUGGCCCUAGAAUUCAUGAUUAAUCGAGUUAAGGCCCUCGUGGUUUUGCUCCUGGGAGUUUUCAGACGUGCCUUAUGCUGUCUGAGGAGGAGAAGAAGAUCCUCGUGUGAUUCUAUACCACUUGCAGCGGUCGGUGUUGUCCCGAAUGCUUCUAGCAAUCGUGUGGAACACGAGCACUGGGAGCAAUGGGAUGAGAAUCCAGUGGUAGUUGUCCCUGACAAACCAAUCAAUCCAAUCCAAAGUAAAAUCGAUCAGUAUCGGCAACAGAUUUCCAAACCUCCAGAACCAAUGGAGGAACCUCAGAUAAAUUUCUUUGAGGAUAUGGCACCUCGGAUUACGAAACAGAAGAAAGUCCUGAUAAAAAAGAAAUCGGAGGAGUCUGGAGCUAAUUUUUCCAAGUUUGCUAUUGCAGCUGAAAGAAUUCCAACGAAUAAUCUUGAGGUGUGGGACGAUAACGCGGCGACGUGGGAGGACGAGACAACCGAGGAAUUUGGAGAUCCGACUGAGGAGCUCAGAAGACAAAAACGUCGGGAGCGAGAAAAAAAAAUAUGGGAGCAGCAACAGAGGCGCAUGGAAUACAACUACAGGCCCCCUCCACUGGGAGAAAAAAUUGUAUCUUGAUCUUCACUCGAGAUCAAGUCUUUCGAUUUCAUCUCUCAAUACAUUGGCCUCUGCCAAAUCCCUUUUUAAACAUUUCUGUCUCAUCGAGUAAAUUAAUUCAUUGAGAUCAUCUCCAGUGUGAUACACAAAUCAUGUUUAUCUCUCGAUGAACGUAUGUUCUAAAUCACCAAAUUAGUUUUAAGAAUUUCCGGUUGCGUCUUGGAAAAAAGGGGAGGUAAGACCGAACUUAAUUUUAAGGCCAAGAUUCACAUUAAGUGAAGAAAAAAAAAAAUCAGAUCGCCGAUCCCUUCCCUUGGUUGCAAAAUUCAGAAGAGGCAGUGAUAUUGCCAAUAUAUCAUCUGACUCGUGAUAAUUUAAUUUUGAAAAUUCAAUUCGUUGAAUGCAUUCCAUUCUGAUUUAAACCUCGGAAUCCUCUCCUGCCUUUAUCAUCCCCGAUUAUCGGAUACGUAUUGAUUUUUAGUUGUGUAGUAUAUUCCUUUUUGGAAUAUAAAUAAAAUUAUAAUAAAUAUGAAUGUUUUGAAAGAA